AUGGAGAAUAAAAACUCUCAUGCCGACCUCUAUGCCCUAACACAGGAGCGUCAAGAAUCGCUUCGGUCUUUCAUAGGACGAUUCAAGGAAGUCGUCGUCAACGUUUCGAUCCCAGAUGCUGCGGCAAUCAUCACACUCAAGAACGCUCUAUGGUACGAGUCUCGCUUCAAAGAGGAACUGUCCCUAACACACAUAGAGACCAUAGCCGAUGUGUUACUCCGAGCAGCAAAACACAUCGAGCUCGAGGAAGAAAAGGUCGGCAACGCUAAGAAGCACGCAACAGCAUAA